AUGUAUCCGUAUUCAGGAUUUGACGCGGCGACUGCAUUCGCCCGUUUUAUGGUCACAAUCACUGAAAGUUGUAAUCGGUUAAAGGAAGAGUUCCGUCUUCUACUAGCACAAUGUGACAAUUUAAAAAUGGAAAAAUCAGCGCUGGAGAAACAUUACUACGAGAUGUACUACGUCCUUAAUGCGCAAAUACAGAAACAAGCGGAAAUAGCGAAAAGGUUAAGUGCGAUAAUCACUAAGAUUGUACCUGUUCUGUCCCAGGAGUAUCAGCAGGAGGUUCUGACCGUGGUCGAACAAGCGAAGCAGAUUACCAUGGCCGAGCUGAGCGCUCUUAUAGGACAACAACGUCCUGAUUUGCCACUAUUGCCGCAGCAAAUGCACGCCCAGCAGAUACCCGGAGCGCAUGGGACCCCACCGAUGCCGGUGAGGACGCCACAUCCUAGUCUCGGUCCAGGUGGUCUCGGCGGUACCCAUUCACCACGAUCAGGUGCUUCCUCGAAUGCCGCCAACAGUCCAUCGAACAAGAAACGUGAUGACAAACCAACGACACCGAUCGCGAAACCUGCCACACCCACCAAUUCGGCUGCCAGCAACGAGGUACCGGAGGUAGUGACUAAACCGCCGGUGCAGAACAUCGGUUACCAACCAUACCUCGAUGAAUCACUGAAUAAUGCACCCCAUAAACUACAAGCCGCCUACGGCGGUCCGCCAGUACACAAUAACCUGCCACAUUCGCUUAAUAACUAUGCUCGUGCGCCGCUGGCGUUCGAUCCUCAUUCACAGAUGCGGGCACCGCUCGGUCCGCUUGCAAUUCCUGAAGGAAAACCUGCUUACUUCUUUCAAGUAAACGCGGAAGGUCAAAUGCAGCAGGUGCCCUUUUCUCAGGAUGCCUUGGCGGGUGAGGGGAUACCACGGCAUGCUCGGCAAAUAAGUUUACUGAACCAUGGCGACCCAGUAUACACUGUAACGAUCUCCAAUCCCAUCAAGUACGUGUACACCGGUGGUAGAGGUUGCGUCAAGGUGUGGGACAUUUCCCAGCCCAGCAACAAAAAUAAAGUGUCUCAGUUAAAUUGCCUGCAACGCGACGAGUACAUCCGCACAAUGAAACUGCUGCCCGAUGGCCGAACGCUAAUCGUUGGCGGAGAAUCAUCCAAGCUGUCCAUCUGGGAUCUCGGAAAUCCGACGCCGCGAAUCAUGGCCGAGCCUACCUCGAACGCACCCGCUUGUUACGCGCUUGCCAUUUCACCCGACUUGAAAGUGUGCUUUGUGUGCUGCUCCGACGGUAACAUUGCCGUGUGGGAUCUGCAGAACCAAACACUGGUGCGACAGUUCCUAGCUCACAGCGGUGGAGCUUCCUGUAUCGAUAUUAGCACCGAUGGUACAAAACUAUGGACCGCAGGAUUGGACAACACCGUUCGGUCCUGGGAUCUUCGAGAGAAUCGACAACUGCAGCAGCACGACUUCACCUCGAAAAUCUUUUCGCUGGGAUACUGUCCAAAUGAUGAAUGGCUCGCAGUCGGCAUGGAGAACUCCAAAGUCGAGGUGCAGCACACUAGCAAACAGGUUAGGCAUCAGCUUCAUCUACACGAAGGCUGUGUGCUCAGUUUGAAAUUCGCUGCCUCCGGAAAGUGGUUCGUAUCCGCCGGCCAAGACAACUUGCUGAACGCAUGGAAGACGCCAUAUAGUGCCUCGAUCUUCCAGUCGAAGGAAUCAGCGUCCGUUAUGAGCUGUGAUAUCUCCGCCGAUGAUAAGUGCAUUGUGACCGGAUCGGGCGACAAAAAGGCCACAGUCUACGAGGUCAUGUACUAG